GAAUUUAAGUUAAUAGACUUAAAUUCAGUUAUCGCUGGGGCCUCUUGUCAGAUAGUGUUUCAUCUUUUAGCUUUACCAAUAUGUAUGACGUAAUAUUCUGUGACGUAAUUAAGUCUUUUACAGAAAUUCCUGGAAGCAAGCUGUUUGAAUUUUAUUGUUAGCGGAAAAUUUGUAAAAAGCUAUCUUUAAUUCUAAAGUAGGCACAAUGUUGAGAAGAACAGCAAGAAAGCGUAAAGCCAAGGGUCAGGAAAUAGCACUCCCGAGGAACGCCACUACAAGGGCAGAGAUACUAACUACUGGAUACCAGACGCAAACAUCCAUGUCAAGGCCAUCACUACUUUUAGCUCCCACUAGUGCAACUGCUAGCCAACAGAGCACCGCAUCAGCAGAUACCCAUACUGUGUCAAGUCACACAUACAUCCCAGACAAUAACAUACCAAUGCAAAAUGCAGGUAAUCAGUUUAUUAACUUGACACCGGUAUCUACUAGUACACCACAAAUGUAUAUACCACAGCAAAUAGAAGGAGUUAAUAAUGACAUUGCAAUGAAUGUACCACAAAAUAUAAAAGAUAAAAUUUAUAAAAGUGAAUACAUCGAUAUGGCUGUUUUAUUAGCACAAAACAUGCAAGCAGAUGCUAACACACAAAAGUUAGUGGUAAAAAAUGGGCAAAUUGUCAUGCAGUCCACUCCAAACUUGUCUAAAAUAUUUGGCAUUGAGGUGUGGACUACUGCGUUUAUUAUCUUUACAAGCAUUUAUUGUACUCUUCAUCCUGGAAGAUUUCAGGAGUUGCUAAAAUACAUGAGUGUAAUACGUUUAGGUGCCAAACGUUGUAAUAAUUUAGGUUGGAAGCUUUACGACGAACAAUUUCGUUUGCGUAAAGCCUUUGACCCUACUGGUUCCUGGGCUGUCAUUGAUUCGGAAUUAUGGUUAAUAUAUAUGAAUGAUAGUACAGAGAGCAAGAACGGUAGUACUUCAACCAAUUUGUACACUGCUUCUAACUUGAAAUGCUAUACUUUUAAUUAUGAGGGUAGUUGUUCUAAACAACCUUGUUUUUAUAGGCAUGUUUGUAUGCGUUGUGGUGCAGGUCAUGCUGUUAUAAACUGUCAUAAUGGGCAGACUUUGGCUUUGCAUAAUCAAAGACCUACUUAUGUUAAUCCAAGAUUCAGGUCACCUAGACCUCAAACUCAAAGCAGAUAUAAUUUUUCAUUUAGGCAACCUGGUUCAUACCCUCGACAGAGACCUGCUAACACUUUUAUGGGACAUGGGGCAUACCCCCAUAAGAAUUAAAUGUUUGGAAGCUUGUUUGGUAAGUUACCCUGACAAAGUGGUUGCUGCUGAAAUUUUAUUUGGUUUUUCUCAUGGUUUCAGACUUCAGUAUACAGGCCCUCGCAUUCAUUCUUUUUCAAAAAAUUUAAUUUCAGCUGUACAAAAUAGUGAUGCAGUUUUACACAAGUUGCAAGAUGAGGUAAAUCGUGGUAGAAUGUUAGGACCUUUCAAAGUUAUGCCCAUUUCAACCCUCCGUAUAAAUCCUAUAGGUCUUGUGCCUAAAUCAGACAGUAGUUGGAGACUUAUAACAAAUUUAUCGUUCCCGCCUGGUGAAAGUGUAAAUUCGUAUAUUGAUCAAGUAUAUUGCAAGGUGAAUUACACGUCAUUAGACACUAUUUUGGAAAAAAUUUAUGAAUGCGGAAUGUCAUCAGAACUGGCUAGAAUUGAUGUUAAGUCGGCUUUUCGGAAUUUGAUAGUGAAUCCUGCUGAUUUUGAUUUGCUUGGAAUUAAAUUCAAUGACCACUUUUACAUUGACAAAGCUCUUCCUUUUGGGUGUUCGAUAUCGUGUAAUUUAUUCGAAAAGUUUGCAACGUUCCUGCAGUGGCUUGUUGAAGAGCGUAGUAAGUUACAUACAGUUGACCAUUACUUAGAUGACUUUAUUUUUAUUGGUGCCAAAUCAACUGGCCAUUGUGGUAUUUUAAUGGAGGCUUUUAGCAAGGUUUGUAAUGAAUUGGGGGUUCCUAUUGCACAAAACAAAACAAUUGGGCCUGCUACAGUCAUUCCCUUUUUGGGUUUUCUCAUUGAUACUGUUCGUAUGAUGGUUAUUAUUCCUAAAGAGAAAUUGGAAAAACUGCAGUAUGAGUUGAGUUCUUUAUUACAGAAGAAAAAGAUGAUGUUGAGAGAGUUGGAAUCUAUCACUGGUUUAAUGUCUUUUUGUUCAAGGGCUAUUCCUUCUUCUCGAGCUUUUAUACGUAGGUUUUAUGAUCUAAUUGCAUCAGUUAAGUGUAAUAAGCAUCACUAUAAGGUUAGAAUAAAUAAAGAGGUUAAAGCUGACGCGACGCUUUGGUUGCAAUUUUUAAACGAUUUCAAUGGUCAGUGUUUUUUCCCUGAAAGAGUUUGGUUAUCAAAUAAUAUUCUACAGCUUUUCACAGAUAGUUCUGGCAAUCAAUUUUUAGGUUGUGGAGCUUUCUUUAAUGGUAAGUGGUCUCAGUUACAGUGGCCUCAAAUUUGGUGUUCAUCACCCAUAUUGAUGAAUUUGGCUUUGCUUGAGUUGAUUCCUGUUAUUCUUGCUUUGUAUUUAUGGGGAGAUUUGUUACGUAAUAAGAAAAUUCGCUUUAAUAUAGACAAUUUAGCUCUAGUGAGUAUAGUUAACAAGAGAACUUCUAAGGACAAGCAAAUAAUGAAACUUAUUCGCCCCCUGGUGUUGUUAACCAUGCUUAAUAACAUUCAGUUUGCUGCUGUGCAUAUAAAAGGUUCUGAAAAUAAAAUAGCCGAUGCCAUUUCUCGUUUUCAGAUGGAUCGUUUCAGAUGUUUGGCCCCAACAGCAGAUACUUACCCUGCUCCAAUUCCACUAGAAUUUAUGACUGUCAUUUUAGACCUUUAGUAACCAGUUUGAUUGAAAGUUCCAUAGCGCCCAGUACAUUGCAGAUAUACCAAAGAGGGCAAGCACUUUUUUACGAGUUCAGAUCUCUCUAUGGUUUAAUGAAUACUUGGCCUAUUCCUCUUUGUGAGUUGUUAAGUUUUAUUGCUUACUUGUUCAAGAAAGAAUUAUCACAUUCAACAAUUAAUUGUUACGUUACUGGACUGGGAUUUUUUAGUAAGGCAAACAAUUAUGAGGAUGUCACACAAAAAUUUGUAGUUCGGAAGCUUUUAGAAGGUAUAAAACGCUCAAGGCCUAAGAAAAAUGAUUUACGUUUACCUAUAACCAGAGACAUGCUGAAAUCUAUUAUUUUUUCUUUAGCGCGUGUUUGUAAAACUCGCUAUGAAUUAAGUUUGUUUAAAGCGGCCUUUUCACUUGCUUUUCAUGGUUUAUUUAGGGUAGGAGAAUUGGUUGUUACUAAUAGUUUACAGGGCCAUACAUUACAGAUAUCAGACAUACAUAUUGUAAGUGGUCUGCUUCAAGUGUGCAUUACUUCGUCCAAAACAGAUCAGUUGGGGAAAGGUUCAAACAUUUGGAUUUAUCCUCAGUCAGAUUUGAACAUUUGUCCUGUUAAUUUGGUCAGUGAGUUUAUUAAGUUGAGACCCCCCGUUUUAGGUCCCCUUUUUUGUCAUUUUGACGGUAGUCCUUUAUCUAGGUAUCAGUUCGUGACUUUAUUAAAGAACGCUAUCGAUUUGUCUGGUAUUGAUAAAACCAGAUAUAGUUCCCAUUCUUUUCGUAUUGGUGCAGCAACCACCUUGUCAAUGGAUGGGGUAUCGGAUAGUGAAAUAAUGAGGUUGGGUCGUUGGAGUUCAAAUGCUUACAAGGGGUACAUAAGAAUUUAGUAUCAUUUAUUUGCUUUAAGUAGUUGAUUGUAUUUGUAUUAUAUAUAGGUAUUGUAGGUGAUCCUGUAAAUGUCUGGAUAGUAGGAUCAUCUAUAGUCAAGCACGCCUUUGUGACAGCUCGGGAUCGGCCAGGUGGGGUAAACUUAGGUUUAGGUCGUUUGAAUGCCUCAUUUUGGUGGCAAGGCAAGGGUGGCAUGCUAGUCAGACAUGUUAAAGGUCAGCUCAGGACAAUGAAAAAAUAUGAGGAUCCUCCACAUUAUUUAGUAUUACAUGUAGCUGGAAAUGACUUGGGUAGUUCCAAGGUGGGUUUUUUGCGUAAUGAAAUAAAGAACAUAAUUCGUUGGAUAAUGAAGGAAUUUCCCAAAUCUAAGUUGAUAUGGUCUCAAAUUUUGACAAGGUUGAAAUGGCGUCAUUCUGAUGAUCACAAAGCAAUGGACUUGUGUCGCUAUAGGAUUAACAACUCUAUUGCCGCCUUUAUAGUUAGCUGCGGGGGUUACUACAUUAAACAUCCAGAUAUUCAUGCAGAUCAAAUUUUUUUUGAAUCAGAUGGUGUUCACUUGUCAUCCUUAGGAAACGAAUUGUGGUUGAAUAUCUUACAAGGUGCAAUGGAACACUUUAUACAAUUCAAGAACUGUGCUUCCACUUUUCCUUGUUAGUUAUAUAUUUUAUGACAUACGUCACCUAUCUGACA